AUGCUGAGUGUCCUAUGUAUAGUUACGGCUUUGAUGAUCGUCGAGUCGUGUAGUCCACUAUUAAAGAACGGGACACUUCCGGCGACGAUUGGCGGGCUAGUUAGUCCGGAUGGUUCGACAGCAACGGCGGUGUUGACGUUGGAUACGAAUACACCAUACGGGCUGGCCGUCAACGACACGGCUGUGGCUCUGCUGCCUAUUAGUGCGCAGCUGCGUCAACUGCAGGACCCAAGGAUUAAAGGGGAUCCGCGGAUCGUUCAGAUUGACCCCCUAAAUAAUGGGACAGCCACUCGACUCGUCGUUGCCGUUGAUGUCUCUGGGAACAACCAGGAGGUGGCCGACCUUCUGCGCCGUACUUUUAGUGUCAACGAUGCGGUGAACAAGUUUGACAUCGAGCUACCCGGGCAGUCGCCCAGCAAA